GGACUGGAACCAGACAUGGUAUACAAACACCCCAAGAUUCACCUGGUGCUUUGAGAGUACAGUCAUUGCUUGGAUGCCUUGUGCCUAUCUUUGGAUCUGUUUUCCUUUCUACUUGUUGUAUCUUCGACACAAAAACAAAGGAUAUAUCAGGAUGUCCUACAUCUUCAAAACCAAAAUGGUCCUUGGAUUCAUCCUGGUAACAGUGUGUUUUUCUAAUGUCUUCUUCGCACUGUGGGAAAUAAACCAAGGAAUCCCACGGGCUCCAGCAUUCUUCGUUAGCCCUGCUGUGGUGGGAAUCACAAUGAUCCUUGCCAUGUUCCUUACCCAAGUGGAGAGAAUGAUGGGCAUCCAGUCUUCGGGUAUCCUGUUGAUUUACUGGCUGCUCUCAUUCGUGGCUGCAGUUGUAAUGUUUAGUUCCAAAGUCCAACAUGCCCUGGAAAGAGGCUUCCUGGAAGACCAUUUCCGCCACGUUACAACUUACCUUUAUGCUAGCCUGGUACUAGGAGAACUUGUAUUAUUCUGCUUAGUUGAUCACUCUCCCUUCUUCUCUAGAGCUGUCAACAACCCUAAUCAGUGUCCAGAAGCCAGCAGCUCUUUUCUUUCCAAAAUCACAUACUGGUGGUUCUCUGGGCUUGUCUGGAAAGGCUGCCAGCAGUCCUUGGGGGGGGAUGACUUGUGGCCCGUGAGGAAAGAGGACUCCUCUGAAGAAAUUGUUGCCUGGGCUGAAAGAGAGUGGAAGCAGUGUCACAGCAGAACUCAGCAAAAAAUGGAGUCUGCUACAUUUAAAAAGGGUCAGAAGAGUGAAACUGGCAUAGCAGAAGCUGAAGAGACGGAGGUUCUACUGCAAUCAGAACACAGUCAGAGUGGGCCCUUAUUGAAAACAUUUUGGAGCAUGUUUGGAACCUAUUUCCUUCUCGGCACUGUCUGCUUAGUUAUCUGUGAUGUCUUCUUGUUCUCCAUCCCAAAGUUACUGAGCCUUUUCCUGGAGUUCUUUGAAGAUCAAGAAGCACCUAGCUGGCAUGGUUAUUUCUAUGCCUUCACUAUGUUCCUUUUGGCUUGUCUUCAGACUCUGUUUGAACAACGGUAUAUGUACAUGUGUCUUGUUCUGGGGUUGAGACUGAGAACUGCAGUAACAGGGCUUGUGUAUAGGAAGAUCCUAGUGAUGUCAAAUGCAUCAAGGAAAGCAGCAACAGUCGGUGAAAUUGUUAAUCUGGUAUCUGUUGAUGUCCAAAAGCUAAUGGAUCUGAUUAUCUAUUUUAAUGGGACCUGGCUUGCUCCUGUUCGGAUUAUCAUCUGCUUUGUUUUCUUGUGGCAGCUUCUUGGGCCAUCUGCCUUGACUUCAAUUGCUGUAUUCCUUUUUCUUUUGCCUCUGAAUUUCAUGAUCACCAAGAAGAGGAGUCAUUUUCAGGAGACCCAGAUGAAACAUAAAGAUGAGCGGGCCAAACUCACCAAUGCCAUUCUCAGCGACAUUAAAGUAAUCAAAAUGUAUGGCUGGGAAAAAGCCUUCAUGGAGAAAGUGCUUGGUAUCCGGAAGGAAGAACUUCAGGCCCUAAAAAGAUCUCAGAUUCUCUUCUCAGCAUCUCUAGCUUCUUUCCAUUCAUCAACUUUCCUGAUUGCAUUUGUCAUGUUUGCUGUCUACACCCUGGUGGAUAACACACAUGUCCUGGAUGCUCAGAAGGCCUUUGUGUCUUUAACACUGAUCAACAUUCUCAACACUGCGCACUCCUUCCUGCCCUUCUCCAUAAAUGCUGCUGUCCAGGCCAAAGUUUCUUUAAAUCGCUUAGCAGCUUUUCUGAAUCUGGAAGAACUGAAGCCUGAAGGCUGGAGCAGAAACACUUCUGAAUGUGGUGAGCUUUUUAUCACCAUAAGAAAUGGGACUUUUUGCUGGAGCAAAGAAACUUCUCCUUGUCUUAGAAGGAUAGAUCUUACCGUGCCCCAAGGUUCCUUGCUUGCUGUAGUUGGCCAGGUGGGUGCUGGGAAGUCCUCUUUGCUGUCAGCGUUACUGGGUGAGCUGGAGAAGAUGGAUGGCUGUGUGACCAUGAAGGACACUGCAGCCUAUGUACCCCAGCAAGCUUGGAUACAAAAUGCUUCAGUGGAAGAUAAUAUUCUCUUUGGGAAGGAGAUGGAUGAAACAUGGUUCAAUAGAGUGAUAGAUGCUUGUGCACUGCAACCUGAUUUGGAGAGCUUCCCUGCAGGGCGGAAGAGUGAAAUAGGAGAGAAGGGAAUAAAUAUAUCUGGAGGGCAGAAGCAAAGAGUGAACCUUGCUCGUGCUGUAUACCAGAAAGCUUCGAUUUACCUACUCGAUGACCCCCUCUCAGCUGUCGACGCCCAUGUUGGACAGCACAUUUUUGAACAUGUUCUUGGACCCAACGGCUUACUGAAGGACAAG